AUGGCCAAGAGACGAAAGUUGUCGAAUAAGAAUGCGCCCACCGCGCAUCCAAAGAAGAAUGCUCAAAAGAGCAGACCAGAACAGAAAAAGCCCGCCAAUGGUCCCGCGAAGAAGGGCAAAAACAAGAACCAGCGGCCUGCCGAUGAUACGCCCACAAUACCGUUUGAGCCUCACCACCGUAUACUCCUCAUAGGUGAAGGCGAUUUGAGUUUUGCAGCAUCUAUAAUUCGACAUCACGGCUGCGCAAAUGUCACUGCGACUGUCCUGGAAAAGGAUGCCGAUGAGCUACUAGCCAAGUACCCCCACGUUGAAGACAACAUCGCUGUGGUUCGCGGUGAUGCUCCAAAGCUCAGCAAUGCCGACAAGGGAAAUGAAGAAACAUCAUCAAAAGAAACAGGAGCCGGCGAAAGCAAUGGCGAUGACCAGGACGACAGCGAAGACUCCAAUGGCGAAAGCGACAACGAGGAAGAUGAUUACUACGACUCAGACGACCCAGACGCACCGCCCAGACCUAAGCGAAACCUCCCUCCCAACAACAAACUCCUGUAUAAUAUCGAUGCCACAAAGCUUCCCAACUCAAUCAUCCGUACGAGCUUCGACCGAAUCAUUUUCAACUUCCCCCACGUCGGAGGAAAGUCUACAGAUGUAAACCGCCAAGUCCGCCACAACCAAUCCCUCCUCGUUUCCUUCUUUGAGCGCGCUAUCCCUGCGCUGGCCCCCGGUGCCGCCAUCGUCAUCACACUCUUUGAGGGCGAGCCUUAUACCCUCUGGAAUGUGCGCGAUCUGGCUCGCCAUGCUGGCCUGCAGGUUGAGCGCAGUUUCCGUUUUCAGGCUCGCGCAUACCCUGGGUACAAGCAUGCCCGGACGCUCGGUGUUGUGAGAAAUGCAAAGGGCGAGGUGAGCGAGAGUGGGUGGAAAGGCGAGGAGAGAGCGUCGAGGAGCUUUGUGUUCAAGAGGAAGGAGGAUAUUGUUCCAGUGGUGGGGAAGAAGAGGCGGAAGGGCGAUGAUUCAUCUGACGAUGAGGAUUGA